UUCACAGGUUCAGUCUUGAUUCAGACAUUGUACGCUACAGUGGCUACAGUUUAUUUUUGAAUCGUUAUCGUAGAAAGAAGACUAUGAAGGUUGUUGCAGUUCUUUUGAGUGUCUUAGCAUUUUUAACGGCAGUGUCACCCCAUGGGAAAGGCAAUGCUGACGACGGAAACGAAAAACGCUUAGUUUAUGGUAAACUGAUGUUGAGCGACUACUAUCUAUUCUCGGAACACACGUCAAUGCUGACUUUUAUGCCGAACAACGAUUCAGUUAUAUUUGCAGAUAAUUUCCGCAUUGCUUCGGACCGAAAUGAGAGUGUCAAGAGUAUCGAUUUCAGCCCUCACGACUCCAGUCAAAAUACAGCAAUAAAUUUCCUGCCAGUUGAUGUGUCAACAGUUUUCCCGAAUUUGGUCAUAUACGACGCCAUUAGAUGUUCCAUUCGACAAAUUACCAAAGAAAAUUUUAAGCAACUCACCAAAUUGCAAUCAUUAGUUUUGAUCCAAAAUAAUAUUGUUCGGAUCGACGAAAAUUCGUUCGAUGAUUUAGUAAAUUUGAAAGAGAUAAAUUUGUACAAAAACAAUAUUGAAGUGUUGCCGGACAACAUUUUCCGAAAUCUUCGCCAAUUGGUGUCGAUAGAACUCGGUAAAAAUCCGAUCAAAGCGAUUAACGAUCAACAUUUCCGAUAUAACAGAAAAUUGGAAUGGGUUUCCCUGACGGAAUGUAAGUUAAUAUUUAUCAGUCCGGCGAUGGUUGACGGCAUCACCACUUUGAAUUACGUUAGUCUGGUCGGUAAUGUAUGCAUCGAUAAGAACUAUGGCGUGCCACCGGUCAUCCUUGAUCCAAAUGUUAAAUAUAGGAAAUUUACUGAAUCUUUGACCGAAUUUAGAGACGAUGUCCAUCGAAAUUGUACACUUGGCUUUGCUGAUUUGGGAUAAAUUGGUUUUGCUGACGCUGACAUGUUCUACAGUAUUGUAAGCUUUAAUAAAAUACUUCUAGUUACCUA